UCUUAUUUAUUAAAUGCUUACUACAAAUUACUCAUCGUGCAUGUGUUUAACAAAAGAAAAUUGACUUUAAAAUUUUUUAAUACAAAAGAUUCUUUAUCAAAAAGCUUAAAACCGCACAAAUAAACUGCCAAACAAAUCUGACUUAAACCAACCACUUCAGUGCCAGCUCCACCAUCAUCGCAUCUGCUAUCGCGUCACAUUUAUUGUUCGUUCCUCCAUUGUUAUAACUUCAAUUCGUUCGUUUUUAUUUGGUUGCUAUUUUUUUUUUUAUAAAUGUUGUUAUUUUUUUCUUAAUGCAUGCCCGUACGGUCUACUGUGUGAGCUUCAUUGUAUUAAAGCUGUUUCAGUGAGUGGUUUGAUGUUCGUUGCUGGUUGUCGCUGUGCGGCUCGUUACUAAUUUUCGUUGACGUAAUGCAGCUUUGGGUAGAAAAAGAGAAAAAUAAAAGAAACAGAAAAUAAACAAAUAGAAUUAAUUAUGCAUAACGUCCUUUACACGUAACAAUUGACUAAAGAAUCUAAAAACACAAAAACAAAUGCGGAUUUAAUAUAAAUUUGAACAACUCAUUGAGGGAGUAUCGAGUCGAAUGCCCACACCCACAAAUAACUGGUAAUGGCGGUGGCCUUUUGAAGCGAAACUCAAUUAACGAAAGCGUGAAAUACUUAGAAAACAAAUAACAUUGACUGAACGCUUGUAGAAAAAGCCCACCAAUUAGUUGCCGCCGCAGAAAACCCACAGUUACUAGUAAAAUUUAGUUUAAAAGUAAAAAACUAAAAAAAAGUGUAAUAAAAAGAUAAUAAAAGUGUUUAAAACCAAUAAAAAAGUACCCUCGUCUACACUACAAAUAAACUAGGGAAAGUAAAGAACAACAACUGCAAUCAAAUUCAUACUAAAUACCCCACAUAACUGCUGGAGACUGCAAAGUAAAAACCCACAAAAUCUUAGCACCGACGAAUUAGCAUCAUUUUAGCAACUUUAACUAACAUUAGCCGCAACGCAGACACAUUUAGAUAAUUGUACGUAUAAGCAAGACAUGCGCCUUGAUUCCAAUUCCAAUGAGGAUUGUAAGACGUCGACAGACUCGACAUUGUGCCAGAAAGUAAAAUUUGACACACUCUCAGUCUGGGGUGGCUCAGAGAAGACAGAUACCCGUUUACCUAUAACGGAUUAUUCCACUUUGGGCGGCCCACGACAUAAUUGCAGUCCAUUUCCGCUAUCGAAAGAUGUCAACAAUCGCUUCGUGCUGUGGGAGGGGGAUAUAACCACACUCGAGGUGGACGGCAUCACAAACAUAAUCGAGGAGACACAAAACGAGACUAAUCCAAUUGCCGAACGCAUUUAUGCAGCUGCCGGUAAUCAAUUAAAAGAAGAAUUAAGCAAUAAUUUAAAAGAGUGCCGAACUGGUGAGGUGUGCGUCACUCGUGGCUACAAUUUGUCAGCCAAGUGUGUGCUACACACCGUCGGACCAGCUGUUAAGGAGACAUUCAAAAGUGCUGCUGAAAGUACACUGCAUUACUCUUACAGAAAUGCUUUGUACAAAGCUAAAGAACUAAAUCUACGUACAAUCGCUAUUAGCAACUUAAGUGCCAAUCAGAGUAGUUUCCCAGCCGACUUAGCUGCCCACAUAGCGCUGCGUACAAUUCGACGCUUCUUAGAUAAAUAUCUAACGCAAAUUGUGAUAUUGUGUGUAAGUGCACACGAACGUGGCAUUUAUGAGGUGCUAGCGCCGCUCUAUUUUCCACGCGAUCACCUCGAAGAGCGUAGUGCCCUUUGGCAACUGCCCAAGGAUAUUGGCGGUGAAUUUGGCGAACCCCAACAUCCUGAUCGACAAAUACGUAUCAUACGUAAUCCACAGCACAGCGUACUAAUGAGACACGCCGACGACGAUUCCGAUAGUAGCCCACACGAUAUGGAAGGUAACGCUUCAGAUUUGGAAAGCGGAUUUGCCGAUAUGAACGGUGUAAGCCUUAGCAGCUAUGGCGGUGUCACAUCGGCCGCCUAUUCACAAAUGCAGAUUGAUUUGGAUCGACAACAUCUCUUAGGCAACCGGAAUCAAGUUUUCGAAAGUGUUAUUGCCGAUGGUCUGGAAGGCUUAGAACAUCAAGAGAGAUAUGAACGCCUUUUGCAUCGCGCUCAAAUCGAAGAUCUUACAGAAGUAUCCGGCAUUGGUUGCCUAUAUCAGAGCGGUGUCGAUCGCUUGGGACGACCAGUCGUCGUAUUUUGCGGCAAAUGGUUCCCAGCUCACAACAUCGAUCUGGAGAAGGCACUCUUAUAUUUGAUUAAACUUUUGGAUCCCAUCGUUAAAGGUGAUUAUGUAAUUGCGUACUUCCAUACUUUGACUUCAACAAACAAUUAUCCAUCGCUUCACUGGUUGCGUGAAGUCUACAGUAUAUUACCAUACAAGUACAAGAAAAAUCUGAAGGCCUUCUAUAUUGUACACCCAACAUUCUGGACCAAGAUGAUGACCUGGUGGUUCACGACAUUCAUGGCGCCCGCCAUCAAAGCCAAGGUACACUCACUUCCUGGUGUCGAGCAUUUAUACUCGGCCAUUUCCAAGGAUCAAUUAGAGAUACCCGCAUAUAUCACCGAAUACGAUAUGACGAUCAAUGGCCUGCAUUACUUUACGCCAAUGCCCACACCGUCAUAGAUGACAAUGAUCGCCAUUUAGUCGAUUCAUGUUCCAGGCUAAAAAGCAUAGCAAUGGCAACAAGUACAACAACAAUAAAAGCAUAGUGUCGUAAAUAGUUGAAUACAUACGAAAUUAUUAAAAAUGUAAAUUAAGGAACUCCGUGACUAACAAUCUGAUAAUAUACGCUGAAUGUUGUACCUACUGACAAAAAAAAAAUCGCUAUAUAAAUACUUAACAUACAAACAUACUAAACAUUUAAACAUACAUACAAACAUACAUAAGUUUUGUCAAUGAAAUUAUAUUAAAUGCAUAGAUACAUAUUCUACAUACAAAUAUACAAAACAGAAAUAGGUUAACAAAUGCAUUUUAUAUGCGCUAUAUACAUGCAUGAAUGUAUCACACACACAUACACACAUAUAUAGCAAGAAAAUUUAUAAUAAAAUCAGUAAACUUGUAAAAUUAUUGUAAUGAUGUAACGAGAUAGUAUUUGUUAUAAAAAUUGUUAAUUUUUGCGAAAAAAACUAAAUUAAAUACUAAUUAGCAGACUAGAUUUUCAAUAACAAAAAAUUUCAAUUAGUAACUGAAACGUACAGUAGUUAUGUAGCGCAGAAAUAAUUAUAAAUAAUGAGCUGAUAUUGUAAAUGCUGAAAAAAAUAUAUUUAGCUAUGAAUAAAAAAAGAAAACAACAAAGAAAACAAAAACUAACAGAAAAUGUUCUUAUGAUGAGAAUAGUUAAUUAGAACAAUUCGGUCGAUUAGGAACGAUUUAAAAAUUGAUCUAGCAAUAACUGCACUUAUUUACAACUAAAAAAAAAAAACGAAACAAAAAAGGAUUACACGCGCAUGUACAUACAAGCACACACACACACACACUUACAUGUGUAAAUGCAUAGAUGUGCCCGUAUUAAAUAGCUAUUUGACUUACAAACAUAAAUACAUAAAUUAUUACAUCCAUACAUUAUAUUGUAUUGUAUAUUCGCAGUAUGUAAUUGUUAUUGUUAAUGCAAUUAUUUUUAUAAUUAUAAAAUAUGUAAUAUGUAUGUAUAUUUGUUAUUUGAAACAUAUACCGAAUUUUGUAUUAGAAAAAGUAAAAUUAA